CCUUCACUUUAUUUUGUUUGUGGUGCAUUAUUUUUAUUGAAUAUUCGUGAAGAACGUUUAACAAGUGGUAUCGGAGCAAGGGAUUUUCAAAGCUUUACCGCUGAAAAUUUAAAAAGAUCAUGGCCGGAAGAACAUUUCAACCCGGAGUUGCCGAAGGACAAUCCAUGACAAGGCCACCACUCUUCGACAACACAAAUUAUGCUUAUUGGAAAGGGAGGAUGAGAAUAUUCAUCCAAUCAAAUGAUUAUGAUUCUUGGUUGGUGAUCAAGCAUGGAGAGACGGUUCCCACGAAGAUUGUUGACGUGGUUCUUGUUCCAAAGUUAGAGACCGAAUAUACCUCAAAUGACAAAAAGAAGAUGCAACUAAAUGCAAGGGCCAUCAACUUCCUAUAUUGUGCCGUGAACCCGGAUGACUAUCGGAAAAUUUCAAGGUGCAAGACGGCCAAUGAGAUGUGGAACAAAUUAGAGGUCACAUAUGAAGGAACAAGUCAAGUGAAGGACUCAAAGAUCGACUUACUCACCCAUGAGUAUGAGCUUUUCAUGAUGAUGGAAAAUGAAACAAUAGAUGGCAUGUUUGAGAGAUUUUCAACUAUCGUCUCAAAUUUGGAUACACUUGGGAAGCAUUAUGAGGAUCAUGUUCUCGUUCAAAAAAUCCUUCGAAGUCUCACACCGGAGUGGAAGUCUACGGUCAACCCUAUCAAAGAAGGCCAAGAUUACAAUACAUUGACAUAUGACGCACUUCGAGGUAAACUACUCACUUAUGAAAUGUCUAACUUUUCUACUGCAGCGGAGAUCAAAAGGGAUCAAAAUCUAUCAUUCAAAGGAGUUGCACUCAAAGCUUCAUCGUCAAAAUAUGUCGAGACAAGCGGCUCUGGAGAAAGUGACAUUCUCGAGUUAUUUAAUGACUUCUUGCAAAAUGAGCUUGAGCAAUUGAAUGAGAGUACAAAGCCUACUUGCUAUGGAUAUGAAGAGCGUGGACAUAUCAAGGGUCAUUGCCCUAAUCGAAAAUUCAAGAAGUCCAAAUGCCGAAAGCAAUCCAACUCUAGCUCCUCUUCCUCAUCCGAUGAUGAAGUAGCCAUUUGUCUUAUGGCUCAAAGUGAAUCCGAAGAGAUUGCAGUUUCAGCAAAACUAGUCGACUAAGUCUUGACUUAGUCAAAUACUUCGACAGUUUCAACUAAUAAACGGCUAGUUUUUUGAAUGCUUUUCAUCCCUAUCCACUCCCUAACUUCUAUAAACUACCAUAUCUCGUGUUUUUGGCCAAGAAUAUACAUUGAAAACACUU